CACACAGAGGUAAUAUAAGCAGUGUAAGAAGAUUCUAUAUUGUCUAAGACAAGUAGCCAAACACAUAUUAUUACUCAGAAUUAUCACGGAACACCCACGUCUUCGCCGCCUUGAAUGCUGACAAUAACGGUGCAUGUCUCAUAUAAAAAGGAGAGAACGCCAGACACCCGGGGGAACGAAGGAAAACACGCCAACCAGAAAACUGUAAUAUCACAAUAAUACAAACUCAUUUUAAACACCACACACACACACACAGACGGACGCAUGCACAACACACGGUGCUCAUACUUCAGUUGGUAAAAAAUCCAACAUUAGACUCACAAAAGAAAUGCACGUGACUACAGCUCUGUCCACUGACCUGCACUGGUAGCUGGGGGUGGGGUAAAGUUAGAUAAAUAGAUAGAUAAAUAAGUGAAGCAAACUAUAACCUGUAGGCAGGAAAAAAAAGAGAAAGAAUAAAGGAGGUAAAAGAAGCCAGUGACUUGCGGCCCCAUGAACACAUCUUAUUUUCAACGAAUUUCACUGCGCUACACUUAUGCUAGAAUGUUCUUGCAGAGUGGUCCCAGACCUGCACCUGGGAAUCUUACACACUGUUGGCAACACAGCAAAAUGGCCACCCGCCUGACAUCACUAGCGGGCCCCGGGAUAUUGUUUGUCUUAUUACUUCUUCCUGGCCACAAGUGUCUAGGAGGUGCACAGAAAGAGUGUGGGAGGAGUACUGAGAGGGCGGCAUCACCUGACAAGCGUAUCGUCGGCGGCACAGAAGCUGAUGAAAGCCGUUUCCCUUGGCAGGUGCGUCUGCGGUCACUGGCUGCCACCAUGUGCGGGGGUGUGUUGAUAGACAGUUUCUGGGUUCUGACUGCGGCUAGCUGCUUUACAAGGAACUACAGUCCUGUCAACUGGAAUAUUGGCUUGGCAGCAGUAAGGGUCGAAGGUGACAGCGUCGAGGACUUUCAGCUGGACAGGGAGGAGAGGCAGUCGGUGCACGUGGACUCGCUGUACAUCUACGGCGGCCAUCAGCUGAACAGCUCCCGCCACGACCUUGCCCUGGUGCACCUGCACUCGGAUAACCUCACCAGACAGCGCGAGCCUGCUUGUGUCAUCGCAGAAACUGAUGACGUCAACAACAAGACCUGCCUCGUUGUUGGCUGGGGUUCACCCGGGGUUGGUGAACCUCCAUCGCCGACACUGAGGAAGCUGCUGACACCGGUGUCAGACUACGUCCACUGCAACCAACGUCACAACGCCUCUGUCGGACCAGACAGCCUGUGCGCAGAGCUGCCGGACGACACCAUAGGGCCCUGCACGAUGAAAGCAGGAGCGUAUGGAUUCCAUUCGUCUUCAAGGACGGUGUGCGGCCGAGGAUCUGAGGAGGAUAGAGAUCAAAGGUCGAGACUGCCUUUCACAUUUCAACAUGGACUCCUGUAAAGGGAACUUUUCAGCCGAGGAAAAUCGCGUUUUUGAGUCAGCAUGAGAAUGUAACUAAGGAGAUUGAAGACACGCAACUAUAAUUUCUUGAUCAAUGGACCAAAUUUUACUUUGUAAUUCCGAAAUAUUUUACGGAAGGAGAUUUCGUUAUCAGGAAUAAUGCUCGCCUGAAGUCAGGAAUAUUGCUGAGAUCUGAACACGGGUCACGUGACACGAAAUAAAGGAAGAAAUAAAAGAAUCAAGGAAGAUAGGAAGGAUGUAAGAUAACGAAAAAUGACAAACAAAAAACAAAAACAAAACCAAAAGAGAAAUUAAUGAGUGAGUAAUGAGAACACAAAACAAAAGAGAAAACGGUGCAUGCGCGCAUCAUCAUCAUCAUCAUCAUCAUCAUCAUCAUCAUCAUCAUCACACCUAAUACACCCAGCCGUUCCCGCGCUCAGUGCUAUACUCAUCCUCCAGCUCUCGGCAGUUACCCAGUACCUGUCACAGACCCUUGUCUGAAAGCUUUCAGAAGUGAGCCACGACAUCAUGGUCUGACGUCAUCAACUAAUCGGAACAAACGGCUUCUUUGUUGCUCUUGCUGAAAUAUGUUGGUAUUUGGUAUUGUCUAUUUUAAGCACCAGUUAUUAUUUGAAAUAAAUUUAAAUAAUUUAUUAACUAAAUUAAAAAUAAUUUUAUAUGGAAUUAUUUAUAAAUUAACUUUAAAUAAUUUAUAAACUAAAUUAAAAAUAAUUUUAAAUGGAAUUAUUACUAAAUUUAUUAAAUUAAAUAAUUAAAAAUUUAUUUUUGUAUCUAAUGUACGUACGUUUGCAAGCUCUCGAUCAUUGUUAUUAUUAUUAGUUGUGAAGCAAAUUUUGCUGCGACACUGGCAGAUUUCCGGCCUGCAGAUUGUCUUCCGUUUGUGAAAGCGAAAUUUACGUAGGAUUUAAAAUGCCAAAAUUAAAUUGUCGCUUUGUAGAUUUGUUGGUAUGGAAAGGUUGCUUAGAUGACGAUAUACCGUAUAGUGAAUUAAUGCCAGGGCGUCAUUCCGUGUCGAUUCGUUUUCCUUUUCGAAAACCCGACUAGAAAAGGUCGAAUUAAGCACCGAACGACAGAAGAUACGAUUAUUAAUUCUUUUUAAAAAUGCAGCAGACGUUUUACAAAAGCAGAAUUAAUAAGCAAAAGGAUUAAACACAUCGGCAAACACGAUGAAAUUGACAGAAUUCCUAUACGUGUUUGCAUGGUUUAACGAAGGGUCAACAACACAUGCUAUAUCACUGAGAAAAGUGGUUAUAUUUACAAUAAAGAGAAAAAAAUUGUCUAAAGAGCUUUGUGAACUUUUUUAAUAUGUGAAAGUCUGUGUUGUUAUCAUUUUGAUGAGGAGUAGGGGUGGGGGGACGUCAGUCAGUGUCAUUUGUUUUCCUUUUCCAAAGAGUUCCAAAACAAGUCCAGAAUGCUUUCUAAAAAGUAUAGAGGCGGGUCGCAAAAGCUGAGGAAAAAGGGGGGAAAUGAUAUAUUGUAUGCACUAUAAUACUAUAUUUUAUCCUUAGUCUUUUAAGGUUUGAUGUUUUUCUGGUACAAAGUUAGCAAGUAUUUUUUUUUAGACUAGUCAUAUUAUUGAAGGGAGUAGUCAUUUCGAUGUUUUCUCUCCUUAAAACAAAAACAAAACAAAACAAAAAAACAAAACCAAACUCUGGUUGUUUCGAAAAGUAAAAAUUAGAAAUAAAAUGAUACAAAUAUAUAAAACAUUUAUUAUAUCACCAAGAAGAAUUAAUGUCAAAGCUAAUGAAAACGAGAACCCCACUAAUUCGUGUCUCCCUGUUUGAGCUCCUCCAUUAGUCUCGGUGAUUUUUCUAUCUUUUUUUAAUUUUGUGAAGACGUGUGCACUUAAUGAAGCAUGCCACGGCCAAGAAAGUGGUAUCCAGCUGGAUAUACGGUAAAUUCGGGCAGGUUGGUAAACGUAAGGAACGAUUUUCCGCGGUGGAUGUGAGGAAAUUGGAAAGUGAACUCUUCAACAGGGGCAAAAUGGACGUGUACGCACCCAACAACAGGAGGAACGUACGUGACACCUUCCAGGAUAUUCUUCAAGAUAGCAGGAUGUAUUAGAAAGUUAGUUCUAUUCAAUUCUUACGAGACCAGGUGAAACUGGAGUCAGCAAUCACAUGAAGAAAAAAAGUGUCCGAGGCUGAGGUCUGGAAAGAUCUGCGAGCAGGUCUUGUUCAUGUCCACAUUGAAGAAUUCAGACCUGCCAAAAAAAAAAAAUGCAGCUUCUGUGGCUGUGCACAGGUCCCAGAGAUUGUCUUGUGUCCUGAUUGUGGACCUGGAAGACUAUUGCAAAUCAUGUGAUGAAAAGAUCUACUGUUUGGUGAUGAAUCAUCAGACAUACAGUUGGAAAGAAGACGCAUCAUUGUAUCUACCUGUGAAAAGAGAAGUAACCAUUUUGUCUGAGCACCAUUGUGACAAGCUCUACUUCCAUCAGAUUGGAGUUUUUGAUGCACAAGGCAGAGAUCACAUCAUGAAAGUACAGUUCUGUGAAUGUGAGCCAGAAGCAGUAACACUAAUAAGAAAUGGCUUAUGGCCAGCAACACCAAAGAAGCCAGGGACCGCAUUUUGCAUGAAAGUGAUGGAGCUAUGCAGAAUGCUACAGUUAGAAGGACAAAUGUCUCUCCAGAAAUUUUGCAUGGCAUCGGAGCGGAGGACAACUUUUCUACAUAGUCGCAGCAGGGACUACAGAAACAUGUACAAGGCACUGGGUAAACAUGCUAUCAUUUUGUCACAGCAUGAUUAUAGCAACAUGUACUAGACACUUGGUAAACACAUCAUAAUGUGUUGUCACAGCAGAGACUACAGAAACAUGUACAAGGCACUGGGUAAACAUGCUAUCAUAUUUUGUCACAGCAUGACUACAGCAACAUGUACAAGAUACUUGCUAAACAUAUCGUCAUAUGUUGUCCAAUAAGUCUAACUUUCAAGAAACUCCUCAGGGUAUAUUGCUUAAUGACUCCAUAGAGAACUGUAUCAGUGCCACUAGACCUGUAGUCAAGUAGUACGACAGUUUCAUUUGAUGGAUGUAAAUAUAGUUUAAUUGUAAGGGUUAUAAGCCAAUAAUUUCAGUUUACAUUAUUUGGAAACUAUGGAAAGAAUACGUGGAUUGUGAAAAUGGUAUUUUAUGUGUUUGUUUAAUUGUUUAUUGUAGGUAACACAAUUAUAGAAUUUCACCAUCAUCAGGUGUUAUGUCUUGAGACAGCUCAUGCCCAUGACUUCCUAGGCAAGAAGUGCCCAAUAUGUAGUCUGGUAUGUUGUAUGGGUUAAGGAUUAGGCAUUUUAAGAAAUAUUUAAACACAGUUGCUGUAUUCUGCAAACAAAAACACCCACAAAAGUUUAUUACACUUGAUUUGUACAUAAUAUUUUCACAUGGUUGCAAUUUAAGUUUUUGAAAAUAUGCCUAAUCUGUGCACAUCAGUUUCCCGACGUUUUGAUAUAAAGAGAAUUUAUCAACAUUGUCUAAUGCCUACUGAUAAUUUUAGGCCAUGUCUUUCAAAAACAUAUCUUCUAUUUCAUGAGGAAUUAAUAGAUGUGAUUAGUGAUCUUCACUCAGAUAUCGAUUCGAAAUCUGGUGAAGACAAUGAAGAGGAAGAACACUUUUUUCCAUAAGUUGUUGAGCUAUUACUUUCUUUAGUCAGUUUACUGAAGGGGACAAUUGAUAUGUUUAUUGAAAUUGUAAAGGUAUUUAAGGGAUGAUAGCAUGUUUAUUUUGUUUUAAAGCAUUGCUACAACCAACAUCAACAAAGGCUUUAUGAAUUCAUUGCUACAUUUUUGAACCAAGAACGGUGUAACCUUCUAAUUCUGUUUUUAGCAAUGUACUUUUUUUUUUAUAGUAUACAUACAAGACACAUUCACACCGUGCAUCCAGUUGCUUUCACCCACAGAAACAAGCCGUUUAAUAUAUUUUAUAUGCCACUCUGGAGCAAGGCAUGAGCUUAUUCUUAAGUAUAUUGCUGUGGCACAAUAUAUGUCUAGAGACUAUCAUUUGAGAAAAGAAUUGUACAUAACAGUAUACUGCCUUCUCAUUGCUCAUUCUCCUAAAAGUUUGAAGUGAUGGUAGUAAAUAAAACAGGGAAACAAACACAGUUCUUGCUUUGAGGAAAAUUAAGUGAAAAGAAUUUUCACUCGUAUAUCAUGUUAUUUACUUACAACAUAUUCUUACUAAGGAUGUUAUAUAAACAGGUAUGCUUUGUUAUAAAUCUUGAGAACUCUAUUUUUGUGUUCUGCAAUGGUGGUUACCUGUCAAGAGGGAGAAAUGGCACAUGGAAAAGGACAUAGUCAAAUGUAUAAAUAUGUACAAAUAUCUAGAUUUGAUUGCUUUCAACAAGACUAUCUGUUUGUUGUGCUAUUGUGGAUGUUUCAUGGAGUGCCCAAAAAAAGUGUCAUUGGGAUAACCAUAUGUUUUUGGCACAUGGUGUGCAUUCACCACUAUUUUCAUGUUUUUUCACAUUUCUUGCAUUUUGUGAUCAUUCAAAGUGACAUUGCUACUAUCCUGUCAUGUCCCUUUUGUCCAGGUGUUGUAGAGUCGGUAAUACAUGUUAUGUUCUUAUGAAAAAGAUAGAGGGUAGUGAGAAAGAAAUGUAAACACUAUUACCAUCUGCUUUCCAGUUAUCCAUGCUGGUAGAAAAUACUGACAAGUUUGUAGUUAAUAAUGUAACUAAUAACUGAAUAUUUGACUCUAUACAGUUCGUCUAGAACUCUAGAUUAUGAUGUAUGUUUUUGCAUUGUAUUGUAUUGUGUAUUGUUUGGAUUCGGCUUGAAAUAUGCGGAAGGCCUUUUCCAUAAAUAAAAUCAAUAAAUUGUUUCUUUCCCGUAUUUUGCAUCUAGCAGGGAGACUUCUGAGGUCAGACAAACACUAUCACUGUAAAUCCACCGCUUGACCAAGCACGAAUAGCUAUUUUACUGUACUUCAUUAAAGUGUAUGUUCAAUAAAUUGAAAAGGGCUUGAAAAA